UUAAGGAAAAAACUUCCUGCGUGAGGAGAAGCGUGCCAACCUCCAGUUUGAAAGCAGUUUCUUCCCAAGCAAGAAGCGCACAGAGUGAGACAUCCUGACAUAAUUCCCUUCAUCUUUUCGGAUAUCUAUACAUUUUUGUAACCACGGCUUCAAAGGUGGACAACGUUUUCUCCGCUCUAUCCCUGCAUUUCUUCAAGAAAGAAAUGGAAGAGGGCUCCAGUUCCCCGGUCUCCCCUGUGGAUAGUCUGGUGACCAGCGAGGAGGAGCUGGACAGACAGCAGAAACGCUUCGCGAGGAAGAGGAGACACAGUAAAAAGUCCAGCGAGGACAGCAGCGGCAGCAGCCCGGGUCCGGUGAAACGGGGGAAAAAACCGAGUCCGAGCAGCACUCAGUCGUACGAGGAGCUGCAGAACCAGCGGGUCCUGGCCAACGUCCGGGAGAGGCAACGGACUCAGUCUCUGAACGAGGCCUUUGCGUCUUUGCGCAAAAUUAUCCCCACGCUGCCGUCGGACAAACUCAGCAAGAUACAGACGCUGAAGCUCGCCUCCAGAUAUAUUGAUUUUCUCUGUCAGGUGCUGCAGAGCGACGAGAUGGACAACAAGAUGUCCAGCUGCAGCUACGUUGCGCACGAAAGACUCAGUUACGCGUUCUCCGUGUGGAGGAUGGAGGGUGCUUGGUCUAUGUCAGCAUCUCACUAGCACCCAGAGACCUUCACUUACAAUGCCAAAGCGACUGUUUACUUCUACAAAGUAUGAAGACCAAAGGAAUUAUUGAAGAACCCAUCGACCUCAGAGGCAUGGCGGAGAGACGUAAUGUGACCCACAAACUCUUGGAGCGGUGUGUGUGUGUGUGUGUGGAUGCAGAUUCAUCACACUGCUUCUGACUGUCUGGAGCUGUUUGUGGCAAAGAGGAGAGGAGAAGAGAGACGAUGAGACGGAGAGAGAGAGAGAGAGAGAGAGACCUGCAACUUGUAUAGGCGAGAGAUGUUAUAGCUCGGAUUUACGGCCUGCCAGCAAAGCCAUGCUUUACUCGAUUUUUAGAAGGAAUUAUUUUUGUUUUUUCAAAAGACUUUAAACCAAAGUAUAAAUAUAUAUAUAAAUGAAUGCAUAUUGUACAUACCUGUGUAAGUACGCCUAUAGUAAAGGGACCAAUGCAAUUUAGAGUCAUUUGCUGCAUGGAUUUAUUUCAUCGACUUUCUUUAGCAAGUCUCCAAACUCCGUCCAAUGUACAUUUUUGUUUUCGCUUAUUUAUUAAAACACAUAUUUUUGAACUAA